AUGACUCCUGCCUCGAUCCACAGAGCUCAUAGCUUUGCUCUUGAGUCUAUUCAGCCCACUGAACUCGUGGCCAAUACACGACUGCGCAACGAAGUGCAAACCGGUGCAGCUAAAUUGCAGCUGCUAGGGUCGCUCCUUGACCCAGUGUUCCAUCACCGUGGUACUGCAGAUGUUGCAACGCCGGCCUUCAUUUCCAAGAUGGCACGCCCAGGAGACCUGGUCGUGGUGCAUAGCAAAGCAUAA